AUGAGGAAAAGGAAGAUCUUCUCCGUCUAUUUCUGUGCCGUGCCCGGCGGGAUCGAGGUGAAAUGGUUGAAGAACGGGCAGGAGCAGACGGCUGGAGUGGUGUCCAUGGAGCUGAUGCAGAAUGGAGACUGGACCUUCCAGAUCCUGGUGAUGCUGGGAAUGACUCCCCGGAGCGGGGACGUCUACACCUGCCAGGUGGAGCACAGCAGCCUGCUGGCCCCCCUCAUUGUUGGCUGGGGUGCAGUUGGACUUAACCACAAGAAUCUGACGGGGGUCGGGGGCUUUGUGCUGGGGCUGAUCUACCUGGCGCUGGGACUCCUUGUCUACCUGAGGAACAAGAAAAAGGUGCACUCAGCCACAGCCAGGAGAAAGAUACUGAUGGGGAUUGGGGCCUUUGUGGUGGGGCUGAUCUUCCUGGCACUGGGACUCCUUGUCUACCUGAGGAACAAGAAAGAGCAUUUCCUGUUGCAGGGGAAGGCUGAGUGUCUCUACACAAAUGUGUCCCAGCGGGUGAGGUUUGUGCUGAAGUUCAUCUGGGACCAGCAGCAGUACGUUCACUUCGACAGCGAUGUUGGCGUGUUUGUGGCUGACACUGUGCUGGGUCAGCCUGAUGCCACAUACUGGAACAGCCAGAAGGAGGAGUUGGAGUACACCCGGGGUGCAGUGGACAGUGUCUGCCAGCGCAACUAUGGGGUGGCUGAGCAAGCCCAUGUGCUUGGCCGCAGUGCGAAGCCCAAGGUGAAAGUCUCCCCAGCAAAAUCAGGGGCCCAGGCCCACCCGGACGCACUGAUUUGCUUUGUGACGGGGUUCUACCCAGGCAACAUUGGGGUUAAGUGGUUGAAGAACAGGCAGGAGCAGACGGCCGGAGUGGUGUCCACAGAGCUGAUGCAGAACGGAGACUGGACCUUCCAGAUUCUGGUGAUGCUGGAAGUGACCCUCCACAGCUGGGACGUCUACACCUGCCAGGUGGAGCACAGCAGCCUGCCGGGACCCAUCACUGUGCUCUGGGAGGUGCAGUUGGACUCAUCCAGGAACAAGAUGCUGACAGGGAUCGGGGGCUUCGUGCUGGGGCUGAUCUUCCUGGCGCUGGGACUCCUCAUCUACUUGAGGAAAAAAAAAGGUGAGAGGGACAUGGGUGGGGCAGCAGCACUGGGGCCAUGGUCUUACACCACGGCCCAGUGUGUGGGGGUGCCCCACAUCUAUGGGGAAGAGCAGCUCUUGGUUUCUAGGCGAGACAGGGAGGUGAAGUCUGACUCAAUCAGGAGCAAGAUGCUGAUGGGGGUCAGGGGCUUCAUGCUGGCGCUGUUCUUCCUGGUGUUGGGACUCCUUGUUUAUCUGAGGAAAAAGGAAGACCUGUGA